AUGACUGCAUUAGGUGGACUCACUUAUGAUAUUUGGGACCCUGUGACUCACAAGACUGCAUGCUACUUUGAGCUAGAUAUGUAUGAUCUUCUUCUUACUGUGGAAUACAAGCCAGAUUUUAUAGAUGAGGAUGCUAUCAUGUCAGACAAGCAAAGGGCUCUUCCUCGGGACACAAAAGAUCAGGAUUGUUAUUUCCGAAAUCUCGAGUUGAUGCCUGGCUUUCCCUUCCAGGAGUUUCAAGGUGCUUCCGCAUUCAAAGACCAUGCAGAUACUCCUAAUGCAUUGUAUCACAAUGUGACCAAGAGGUUUCUCGAUUUCAUAAAGCGUGCACCACCGGAGAUCCGGGCACAUAUUUUUGCUCAAAUACCAACCAAGAGAGUUGCGGAAGACGAUGAUUUAGACUCAUUUGCGUGUGUCAAAAAAAGUUCCUACCUUAUGCAAGAUUACUCUAUUCUCUACGAUUAUCUCCAAUUCGCCCCCGUCAAGUACUCCAUUCAGGUCAACAGCAAACAAACUAUCAACGAGGAUGAUUAUCUUGAAAUCCGAGAUGCGCAGGUAAACAUUCCGCCAAAUAACAAGUGUUUCGAGAGAGGUUUCGCGGUGCACACGGACAUAACUUCCAGUAAAGACAAGGAAAACAUAAUGGGCAUCGUUUAUAUCGAGAAUGACUAUCCAAAUUGCUUUGCUCGGUCUUAUGUCGAUUACAUCAAAUUUGCUGCCUCUCUCGCGCAUUUGGAAGGCUUCUACUUCGAGAAAGAUCCAACAGACAGCAAUUCAGGCAUCUGGAAGAGCGAGAUCAGAGAAUCAAGUCUGUUGAGGGAAUUCUUAGCGUGGUUUUGGAAAAAGUUUGGUGUAAACUUCACUAAUGAACUCGAGGCUAGUUUCGCCUGGUCAAAAGUCAACCAUACGAAAUUUCGUUACCUCCAAAACAUCUCUCUCGACAUUCUCGUUAUGGAGCCGUUGAAUAACACCCGAAAAUAUGUCAACGGCCGUCGCGUAAAGCUUUUCCUCGAAGAACUACACAAUUACCCUAACAUCGAGUCGCUCACCGUGUUCCUACAGAUAGAAGAACAAGACUUGGCGAAUUUGAUCCACAGUCCCGGUGCCUAUAGGUGGGCAAAUGCGCUUAGAGAAAUCACUUUCGCGAAAUACUUUGACGUGCAGUUUCAGAUCUUGGAUGGGAUGUUGCCAAAAGGACCGAAUUUUCAUGCUGUGUAUCAGAAGAGAUUGAGACAGUUGUUGAUGCCGGAAUGCUUAUGCUAUGGAACUACGGAUGAUGUGCCGGAUCAUCUGGGAAUUCGCGAGAUGUUCGCUAUGGAGGAACAGUGGCUAGUAUGCGGAAUUUCGGGGUUUAGUCAAGAGCGCUUCUCGCGUUUGAGCAGAAUAAGUUAA